UUCCCAGCCGUCUUUUCGGUUCUCAUUUCCGGUCCUGCGCACAAACUUCCUGCUUGUCCGUUGAGCGUCAUGACAACAGGACGAUGGCUGCAAGCAAGAGGGUGAGAAAUGUGAUUUGUGUGUGAGGAGGAACAACACAUCGGCUUUUACGGACCGGCUUGUGUACGUGAAGAGGCAGCAUGUCUCUGUUCAAGGCCCGUGAUUGGUGGUCGGCAGCGAUUGGCGAGGGGGAGGAGUUCGACCAGGGAUGCCUCUGUGUCGGAGACGUGGGAGACGUGGACAACAGUGGCACCGGACACGGUCUGAUGACGUCACUCCAACGCUAUAUAAGGGGCGCCCUGCACGCGGUCUGACAGGCUCCUGCUGAGGAAGACCACAAUAUGAUGAAGAAAAUUAAAAUGAUGAUGAAGAUGAUGAUGAUGGUGAUGGUGAUGAUGGUAAUGAUGGUCUCUGCUGCUCCUCUUCCUCCUUCACUCCUCAGGUGUGAUGGGAACAGCACGGAGACGUUGUGCCUGCAGAACAUAACCGAGGAAAUAAACUCCACACUGUCAAGCAGAAUCAGGAUGAACUCCACAGUGAUGGUUACCGCUUUCAUCCCCCCCAUCAGGCGGUUCAACACACGAGGAUGUUUCCUCUCCACCUGUCUCACUGCUAACCUGGGCUCCUCUCUGCAGCGUGGGGAUGAGAUGGCGGGGGGGGCGGCCUCUGACGCCUUCGGACCGGGCAGGAAGUGACAUCAUUAGCUUCAUUAUUAUUGUUAGCAAUAAGUGACGCUCUCAAACGGAGCUCUGUGAUUUGCUAUUUGUCUAUUUGUUUAAUCGGUCAAUAAAGUUUUAUUUAACCCUC